GCAAGUGCCAACUACGUGGUAUACUGUCUCACUCACUCACUCAGUAAUAUACAUUUCCCACAUUUUCUCUCUCCUAUUUUCCUAUGUUUUUCUCCAAUUCUUCCCUAUAUUUUCUCUGUUUUACAACUUGCAAAAAUUAUCCUCCAUUGACAAUAAUAUUCAUUAUAUCUAUAAGUAUCACACUUCGACGUGGAAAUCCAACCCAUGAAUCUCUUAAUAUAUAUCAACCCCCAUCAUUUCCUCCAUUUUCUUACGCAACCCUUUUCCUAUAAAUACCCUCCUCAUAUUCUUCUUCGCUAACCAUUCCUCACAAACACUCACAAGUCACAAUAAUAAUAAAUUAAAAACUUAUCCACCAAACCGAUAACCAAAAAAUUUAUUAUUAUUGUUAUUAUUAUUAUUAUCAUAAUUAUGUCGUCUCGUAACAACAACCACUACUACUUGUGCUUUUUUCUUGGGUUGUUAUUAUUUCUCUCCCUUUGUGCAGAGGUUCGAGCCGCCCCUUUGGCAUGUGAUCCAAAUAACGGGCUGACUCGGACCCUGCUUUUCUGCAGGGCCAACCUCCCGAUACGUGUUAGGGUCCAAGACCUUAUCAGGAGGUUAACCCUGCAGGAGAAGGUGAAACUACUAGUCAACAAUGCGGCCCCCGUGCCACGCCUAGGACUUGGUGGGUAUGAGUGGUGGUCCGAGGCCUUACACGGUGUUUCGAAUGUUGGACCGGGGACUAAAUUCCAAGGUGCUUUUCCGGCAGCCACCAGCUUCCCUCAGGUCAUCACCACUGCUGCUUCCUUCAAUGCCUCUCUUUGGGAAGCUAUUGGACAGGUAGUGUCAGAUGAAGCAAGAGCAAUGUAUAAUGGAGGAACAGCAGGAUUAACAUAUUGGAGUCCAAAUGUGAAUAUAUUUCGUGACCCAAGAUGGGGAAGAGGUCAAGAAACUCCUGGUGAAGAUCCAACUUUAGUAGCUCAAUAUGCUUCUAGUUAUGUUCGUGGUCUUCAAGGUAUGUACAACAAGAAUCGUUUGAAGGUUGCUGCUUGUUGUAAGCAUUAUACGGCUUACGAUCUUGAUAAUUGGAAUGGUGUUGAUCGCUUCCAUUUUAAUGCCAAAGUGAGCAAGCAAGAUUUGGAAGAUACAUAUAAUGUGCCCUUCAAGUCGUGUGUACAACAAGGAAGAGUUGCUAGUGUUAUGUGUUCUUACAACCAAGUUAAUGGCAAGCCUACUUGUGCUGAUACUGAUCUACUGAAAAACACUAUCCGUGGCCAAUGGCGCCUUAACGGGUAUAUUGUAUCCGAUUGUGAUUCGGUUGGUGUUCUAUAUGACGACCAACAUUACACCAGGACGCCCGAGGAAGCGGCAGCUAUGACUAUCAAAGCAGGUUUGGACUUGGACUGUGGGCCGUUUUUGGCUGUACACACAGAAGCGGCUGUAGGUAAAGGAUUAUUAACAGAGGCUGAUGUGAACCAGGCCUUAACCAACACUUUUACAGUCCAAAUGAGACUAGGCAUGUUUGAUGGUCCAGCCCAACCAUUUGGUCACUUAGGCCCAAAAGAUGUUUGUUCUCCAGCCCAUCAAGACUUAGCCCUUCAGGCAGCCCGUCAAGGGAUUGUUCUUUUACAAAACCGGGCCCGGUCACUUCCGUUGUCCGCAGCUCGCCACCGUAAUAUCGCCGUUAUUGGGCCUAAUGCCGAUGCCACAGUCACCAUGAUCGGUAACUACGCCGGUGUGGCAUGUGGGUACACAUCACCCUUACAAGGCAUUUCAAGAUAUGCAAAGACAGUCCACCAAGCAGGAUGCAUUGGUGUUGCUUGCAAUAACAACCAACAAUUUGGGGCAGCUAUAGCAGCAGCAGCUCAUGCCGACGCCACGGUGCUAGUAAUGGGCUUGGACCAAUCGAUCGAGGCCGAAUUUCGUGAUCGGACGUCAGUCCUUUUACCGGGCCACCAACAAGAGCUAAUUUCACAGGUGGCCAGGGCCUCAAGAGGCCCAACUAUUCUAGUCUUGAUGUGUGGUGGGCCUGUGGAUGUCACCUUUGCUAAAAAUGACCCAAAGAUUAGUGCCAUUUUGUGGGUUGGUUAUCCUGGUCAAGCUGGUGGCACUGCUAUUGCUGACAUCAUCUUUGGUACCCAUAAUCCAGGAGGAAAGCUACCUAACACAUGGUAUCCCCAAGAGUAUGUGGCAAAGAUUGCAAUGACAGACCUAGCAAUGAGGGCAAACCCAUCACACGGUUAUCCGGGCCGGACCUACCGUUUCUAUAGGGGACCCGUUGUGUUCCCAUUCGGAUUUGGAUUAAGCUACACCCGGUUUACCCAAUCACUGGCCCAAGCACCCAACAAGGCCAUGGUACCUUUAGCCAACCAAUUCACCAGCUCAAACAUCAGCUCAAUGAACCUCAAUGCCUUAAGAGUGUUACACACAAAAUGUGACAACACGCCUUCCUUAAGCCUCCACAUCGAUGUAAAGAACGAGGGCAAGGUCGACGGGACCCACACCGUGCUCGUGUACUCGACCCCACCCGAUGUGAUCAAGUCCCCCGAGAAGCACCUUAUCGCGUUCAAGAGGGUCCACGUGGGGGCGGGUUCAACGCAACGGGUCCGGAUGAACAUACAUGUUUGCACACAUCUUAGUAGGGCUGAUGAGUUUGGGAUAAGAAGAAUCCCAAUAGGUCAGCAUACUCUUCAUAUAGGGGAUGACCUAAAACAUGAUCUUUCUCUUCAUGUUGACAUAGGGCAAUGAGACUAUAGUCUUAAUUGAAUAAUUAAUGGUAAUUUUUUAAAAAGGGGAUUUAGAAAUUAUACAAAUUAAAUACAAGUUGCAAUUAAGUGUUGAUUAUUAUCAAUUAAAAGAAAGUGUACAUGAUAGUGGGUAAUUCAUACCAAGUGUUAGUUUGUUCUUUUGAACAAGUGAUUAAAGAAAUCACUAGAUGUGUAAUACAAUACUGUUUAAUUACAACAUUUUGUGAAAAGGCUUUCCAUAUAAUAUAUAUGAACGACGUGCUUUGUUUUUGGAAUUCAAA